CAGCCCUCAUGUCCUCCGCACCCUCGCCGGCGUCGCCGCCGGAGCUGGCGGUGCCCACGGAGAUGCCCACCUCUCCAGUGGACACGGUCACAGUGGAGGCUCCUACACAAACGGUGGAGGUCCCGACGGCGGACAUGGAAGCAGGCACAGCCUUGUCAGGUUCAGGUGCUCCAACACAGGAGGCGCCGCCUUUUAGAUCAGGCGUGAUGUCCUCGGCUCUUGGAUCCUCGGCCGUGGGGGUGUCUCCCUCUGAGAUGCCGGUGCCCACGGAGAUGCCCACCUCUCCUGCCUCCUCUGCUGGCCUGGGGCCCCCGACCCUGGAGGCGCCCACGGGCCCGGAACAUCUCGACAGCGCCGCCUUCUCAGGUGAGCCGGAGCUGGACGAAGAACUUCCGGUGCCAGAGCAAUCAGCUCUCAUGUCGUCUGCGCCAUCCCCAGCGUCGCCCUCGGAGAUGCCGGUGCCUACAGAGAUGCCGACCUCUCCACGCGCAGAGGUGCCAACCUUGGAUGCCACGGUCGUCUCAGGCACAGGCCCGACGCAGGAGGUGCCUGUUCCGGGCGGCUCCGUUCCGUUCUCCUCGGCGAUAGCCUCCUCGAGGGGCUCGCCGUCGGAUCUGCCGGUUCCCACGGAGAUGCCCACCUCCCCGCUCUCCGUCUCGGGGCUCGAGGGGCCUACACUGGAGGCGCCCACCGGAAGAGGAGAUGUGGAGAGUGCGCCCUUCUCAGGUGGCUUCGAUCUGGACGCGGAGGUGCCAGUGCCCGGCCACUCAGCGCCGUUGUCCUCGGCGCCCUCCCCGGCCUCGCCGUCGGAGAUGCCGGUGCCCACGGAGAUGCCCGAGUCUCCGAAGGACCUGCCCGAGGCUCCCACCAUCGAGGUGCCGACAGUGGCGACGAUCUCACCUCGAGGUGUGCCGGCCGAGGCUCCGCUUGGGAGGUCUGCAGGCAUGUCCUCGGCUCUGGGCUCCUCCACUCUGGGCAGUUCCGGUUUCGCCUCCCCUUCGGAGAUGCCGGUGCCCACGGAGAUGCCUACCUCCCCGGUGUCGCCCUCCGACGAGAGGCGCUUGGAGGCGCCUACGGUUGAUCUGGAGAACUUUCCCGCCGCAGGUCAAGCGGCGCCCUUAGCCGAGGUGCCGGUGCCGGCAGACCAGUCCGCAGCCUUGGCCUCGAGCGGCCUCUCCUCGAUGCCAUCCCCCUCGGAGAUGCCAGUGCCCACAGAGAUGCCGACCUCUCCUUGCUCGCCCUCAGACGAUCAAACACGCCUGGAGGCACCCACUGCUCUGACCCAGCCCACCGCCGUCUCAGGUCGAGCGGCGACAAUCGCCUCAGAGGUCCCGGUGCCGGAAGCAGGCCAAUCCGCAGCCCUGGCGUCGAGCGGCCUCUCCUCCCUGGCGUCCCCCUCGGAGAUGCCAGUGCCCACAGAGAUGCCCACCUCUCCUUGCUCGCCAGAGGAGCAAACCCGCCUGGAGGCGCCCACUGCCCUGACGCUGCCCACCGCCACAGGCCGUGGCGCCUCUCUGCGCGUUGAGCAAGUCACUCGCCGAGGGAAAGCCCGACCCGGGGCUCGAGGGAAAACCGAUGCGCCGAGGCGGAGCGCUCAGACCGGAUCUGGUUUCGUCGGCGUGUGCGGAGAGCGGGGGGGUGAAGGGCCAUGGCACUGUGCUGCCCAUCUGACAGAGUGCCUGUCCCUGGCCGGUCCUCAGGCGGGAGCCUUUGGAAACUUUGGUCCGAAAACGACUUGCGCCGGGGCAGCGUAG